AUGUCCACUACUCAGAGAUCGCUGGCCUGGGCCGAAGGGAGGAGACCUUUUGCCAUAACUGGACACGCCUCGCUGCAGAUCAACCAGGUGCCCUCAAGCUCACACAAGGAUCUCAGCAGCUCUUUGAGAGAGGCCUGGUGCCGUAUCCGCCAUGACCAUCCAUCGGUCGCUUCCGAAGUAAAUUAUGAUUUUGCUACCGAGCGGUUCACGCGGAGCUACCACAGUCUUCAGAUUGAUGCUGAAAGGGAGGCGUGGCUAUCAUCAACUUUUAUCGAAAUCUCAAACGGCCAAACUGGUGUUGAAUUUGCCAACUCUGAUCCGCCAGCGCCCAGCCUGCCGACGCUUUUCGUCAUCAACCCGCCUUCGCGUUGCGAUGCAUCGAUCUAUCCCGAUCUCGUCUUUCGUGCUCCUCACGACACUGUCGAUGGCGUCGGGACGCUAUUGCUACUGAACAAUUUGUUGGAACAUGCGUCUCGCAUCUUCGAGCAGGAUGUCAAAGAUGUAACCCCCGAGUUCAACAAAAGAGUCGCCCAGAUGACCGCAGAACAUACCGCCUUCUCCAAGACGCGUGCGCCCGAACCGAAGCAUUACCUUUCGCCGCCCUUUGUACAUGGCGCUCAGUCACCUGGCCGGCAUCAGCGAACUGACAUCACCUUGGAUUCUCAAACGUCGGCAAACAUCCUCGCGGCCUGCAAAACACUUGGUGCAACCGUCACUCACGCCGUGAACGCCGUGAUUCCUAUCGUUCUGCGGGAUCUUGUCCCUGAAGACGCAAAGAAGGAGACAUUUUACUUUCGCUGGGACCUGUUGCGCAAUCUGAGGCCAUUCUGCGCGGCGCCCUACAACUCGAGCAAGCAUCCCGUCACGGCCUACCAUUCGGGCUCGUGUUUCGCCUGCGACCUAGUGAUCCCCCCGAAGACAGACGGGAAGUCCUCCAAAGAGGAUUUCAAACACGUUCUGCAGGAGAUCCGCGCCUUGUAUCGUCGCGUAGCCGACGACACUGAACAUGGACUACUUGCCCCCGCUGUCUGGACCGCCUGGCUGCAGACUCUCCCAAAGGUUGAGAAGAGCCCUGGACUUGGACCACCGCCGUCUCCAACGCUAGGCUUGACUCUGUCGAGUCUAGGCCGUGUAGACGGUAUGCUGCCGUCCAAAUUCGGUGCGUUUAGCGUGAGCAGGCCGUGGAUCACCGGAGAGGAGAUGCGCAACGGAUUUGGACUCUUCCUUACAUCGCACCAAGGGCAGUUGAAUCUUGCGGCGGCGUACAACGACGCUUGGCAAACUGAGGAGGCGGCACAGAAUUUCCUGAAGGCGUGUUUGCGAUUCUUGAGUACGGCGCUGGGUGUGGAGAUCUGA